GGUUUUGUGUUUUUCUUUUUAGUUUUUUUGCAACGCAUUUUGUCCUUAUCAAAUCUGUUUCCUGUAGCAACCAAUCACAGCCGAGCUUUCACUUCUCAUAUUCCCCUGGUAUAAUGGAAGCUGAGCUGCGAUCGGUUGCUAUGAGCAACAAGGAAAAUCUUACGGCAAGGCAGUGUUCACACUUCAAUUCUUCACAAGAUGCUGUUGUCUCAUCCAGACACAUCUUUCUGAAGCGUGCUGCUGCCAUAGCAACGGUUGCUGUUUACGUUGCUAAGCCAGGGCUCCCGGGAAAGGCGCAGCACGGAUCACCUUCCCCAGCCAUGCCGGCAGCUCAGGAGGUCGCCUCUGCCCGUGCCCCGGUACAAGCCAACACCACCAUGACUCUGACCGAAACUGCGAGGUCAGUAAACGGCAAACAAAACGGGCGCCCGGUGGUGCGGCUCCUGGUGACGGAUCCGGACCUGGUACAGAGAGAGGCACUUCAGCAUAAGUCUAUGGAUCUGGAUCGCGUCAUUAAAUUGUUUGAAGAUCAAUUCUCUAAAGAUUUAACAGAAAGACAGGUGAAGGUUUUGAAGAAAGUCGGCAAGCAUUACUACAAUGGCAUUAUCUUAAAAGAUUUACCACACAUGAUGAAAUUAUUAAACCUUUCUGCAGCAAAGAUAGAAGACCAUAAAGAUUUCAUAGAUCCUGUGUGUGAUGUUGUCAAGCUAUUUGGCCUUCCUUUCCUUAAAGAGAAGAUGUCCGAUGAAGUCACAUACGCACAGACUGUUGCAGAGUCACUAUCCCAGCUAGGUUGUCUGAUGCGGGUGCCAAGUUCUCAAGUCAGGAUACAGAUUUGCAAUUCAGUUGCCAAUUUUUACAACCCACAGUCUGCAAAGCUGCCAGUGGAUGGUUUUCAACCAACAAGUGUCACCUACAAGUUACAGAUGGCUGAAGUGGGAGGCUUGGCAGAAACCCUUGUUUUGUCUCUGGCAGUAGUGGAGAACAACCUACAGGAGAAGUUAGCAUUGUUGAAAGUACUUCAGCUCUUAUCCAGCACCACCGAGAACUGUAAGCUCAUGGCCAGAGCUCAGGCGGCCUGCAGAAUCUGCUGCCGUCUCAAUGACUCAGAUCCCUCAGGACAACUUAUUUUCCGUUCUUCUGAGAUCCUGUGGAACCUAUUGGAAAAUGGGCCAAAAGAAGACGUCAUCAAUCAGCUCAGUAACAUAGAAUGUAUCUAUGCACUGAAAGAUUCCUUUGUACGACUACUCACGAACGGCAGCAGACAUUCUGACCGACAACUGAGAAAUGAUCUUCUGGUUAUUGCCACCCUGAUCGCGGAGAACAGUCGGCCACCCAUGAUUGAAAGUGGAUUUGCUAAGCAGCUGAUCCUAUUUGCAACAUUCUCAGAAGUGAAAAGUCAUAACCCAUUAGUGAAGAGUCUAAAACUUUUACAUAAUCACGAAGACUUUGAGAUGAAGAAACUCCUGUUCAACAUGUUGGUGGUGUUAUCUAAGGACCUGUCUACUGUUCAGUUGCUCUGUGAUGGGAAGGUGAUCUUAGCCCUUUUUAACUAUGUCAAAGCAAAUGAAAAACAUGGAGUACACGACUGGCCAGCCGCCCGUUAUGAAGAUUUACAGCUACACGCUAUCGCUACCUUGACCUCUGUGGCUCCCCUGCUGGUGGAGGACUAUAUGACAUGUCAGGGAAACACACGCAUUCUUCUCUUCCUGGAGUGGUGCUGCAGCCAAGAUGCGUUCUUUGGUCAGGGCAACUGUUUCCAUGGCACCGGCGGUCGUGGUAACAAGCAUGCCCAGAUGCGCUACAGUCUGAGACUCCUCAGGUCUAUGGUGUCCGUAGGGGAUGAAACUGUGAACCAGGAUCUCUGCGACCAGGGAGCUAUUAGUCAGCUGCUGGGAAUACUGAAGAAAGCAAUGGCUAACGCUGAAGCCCGUGAUGACGCCGUCCUGCUAGAAAUCCAGUGUGAUCUACUCUUCAUCCUGUCAUCAAUCUGUGACACUGAUCUCCAUAGAAAGGAAUUGUUCGGUACAGAAGGGGUGGACGUGGCCCUGCAGCUUCUCAAAAUGGAUUCCAAAAAUUUUUACAGUGGUCUGGGUCACAACAAACUCAUAUUCUGUACGCUGGACUGUGUCUGGUCUUGCAUUAUCGGCUGCUUCUCCUCCGAGGACUACUUUCUUGAAAAGGAGGGCAUGUUUAUCAUUCUUGACUUAUUGGAACUUAAUUUGAAGAGCAUGAAUAAUCUGGUGCUGGGAAUCUUGGUAGAAUUCUGUGAUAAUCCCAAAACUCUAUCACAUAUCACAACCUGGCGGGGGAAAAACAACCAGACGGCCCCAAAACUGCUCGUCCAACUAUGGAAGCAAGAGGAGGAGGAACUGGGUGUGAGGAGAGAUAACUAUGGCCGUAUUAUAGAUGCAAAGAAACCAUUGGUUGGGCAGUUACAGGAGGAACAGGAGGUCACCCCGAUGCCAGCCAGUAGCUUCAGCGUUGCAAUCAUAGAGGUGGCAGAAAAUAUCCGGGCAAAACUUUACUCUGUAUUUUCAAAACUUGGUUUUGAAAAUUUACCAGGUUUAUCUGCUCUGGACUAUGUCGCACUCAGUGUAAUAAGUCGAUAUCUCGAUUUUAAGAUUGGAGAAGUUUGGAGUGAAAUUAGGACCGAAUUAAGAGCGGAAAAUAUCCGUCCUGUGACGUCCGAUCAAGAAGCUUUGGAUGUAAUUGAACAAGCUGCAGAAAAUAUCAGUAAACUUGUGGCCGCUCACCAGACGGAAAUGAUCGAAAACCAUCAACAAAUGGAACUUCUGGAAGAACAGCAAAAAUAUGCAGAGAUAAAAGAAAACAACAAGCAGCGUGAAAUAGUAAUGAAAACCUGGGAUAAAUUCCUGUCCAGGACAUCAAAUUAUGAAGCUUUAAAGAAAGCAAAACGACUUCAGGAAAAGUCCAUUGAAUCAUCAAGACCUAAAGCAAGACCCCAGAAUAUCAUUGUCCACUCCACCCAAAUCCCUAACCUGAAUACUACGGUUGGUUGCGGCCCGGUUGUGUCUGUGGAGAGCACACCAUCUAAGCUCACCGGAGGCCCUCUCGCUGAUACAGAACUUGCCCUAAAAAGGGUUCCCAUUCGGGGAGGAGCCCUGCAGAAGGCCAGAGGUGUGAAAAUGGUGGACUAAAGGAGCAAACGGGAUUAUUAUUAUUUUUUUAAAAUAGAGAAUUCUGUGUACAGAUACAUUGUAACGCAUUAUCUGUGAGUCCUUGCAUGAUACGUAUAAUAUAUGUAUUAAUUUCUAUUGGAUGUCUCAGUCUCAUACAGCAGUGGUUAUCCUAUUCAUCCAGCUGUUGCAAAAUUACAACGUAAAGUCUUAAGUAAACCAUCACAACAUUUUAUUUUAGGUGCCAAUGCCUUUAAAGCAGUGUUUCCCAACCAGUGCUGCCUCCAGCUGUUGGAAAACUUCAACUCCCAGCAUGCCCGGACAGCCAAAGGCUGUCCGGGCAUGCUGGAAGUUGUAGUUUUGCAGCAGCUGGAGGCACCCUGGUUGGGAAACACUACUUUAAAGUGAAAUAUGAAGCAACUUCACUAAUCGUUUCGAUGAAAGAUUUCUCACCAUUAUUUGUCUUCAGUACCUAUGUAGAUCCAUUUCCAUGGCAACAGACUACAAAUGUGUAGUCUGAUCCUAUACCUACACUUCUUUCUAUUUAUCCCUCUAUUCUUCUUGCUACUCUACAAGGUGCUGACACCUUUGUCCAUGUCAGGAACUGCCCAGAGCAGGAAAAAAAUCCCCAUAGCAAACCUCUCCUGCUCUGGACAGUUCCUAAAAUGGACAGAAGUGUCAGCGGAGAGCACUGUGUUCAGAAAGAAAAGAAAUCCGAAAAUAAUUUCCUCUAUAUUAUACAGCAGCUGAUAAGUACUGGAAGGAUUAAGAUUUUUCAAUAGAAGUAAUUUACAAAUCUGUUUAACUUUUUGGCACCAGUUGAUUUAAAAAAAAAAAUUCCACCGGAGUACCCCUUUAAUAUAGGUUCUGUGAAUAGUUACAACUAGAGAUGAGAGAAGUUACAGUGAUUCUGCACGAACGUCUCGUCUCGGCGGUUGAUGACUUUUCCUGCAUAAAUUAGUUCAGCUUUCAGGUGCUCCGGUGG